GUCAGAACAUCGUGAGCGGACUGGUGCUAGGAAUGAUAUGGCGUUUCGGGUAGCGGAAGUGGUUGCGGUGGACGUACGUGCUGAGGCGGCUGUCUGCCUAGAAAAGGCUGUCUUUUCUGCCGUGCAGUCCAUUGUUGAGGAAGUCGGGAUGGCUAAUCCAAGGUUUCGAGACUCAGUAGUAUUGACAUGUGGGAGUUUCUAUGCAGAAAAUAAACUGACACCGCCUGACGAGUUCGACUUCAUAAUAGCACUGGGACAUUAUACAGUCGACACUGGGAAGAUGGACAUACUGGCGGACGAACGGAAUAAUCGUUGUUUGGACAUCACCGUUUCUGGUCAAGCCAGUGUGGAUGGAGAAGGUUUGACGCCAAAUGCCUUGCGUGUUGAGUUCAACAAAACGUUGCGGUCUGUUGUUUCGGGAAAACAUCCAUUCACUUUCCCGCAGUUCAACAAGUAUCCGGUCGCUUCCUCGAGUUGUCGCUGUAGAAAACCGCAACCCGAACACUGUGCUUGUAUUCCGCUAUGACAGUAAAGUUAUUAGUGUGGAUAUUUCUCUUGCAUAAAGCGUUCCCAUGACGAAAGUUAACAUAAGUGAAAAUAACGUCAUAAACGAGAAAUUAAGGAAAUUGAUAAAGAAAACCGAAACUACAAUGCUCAUAGCGUUUAAUGGGGAGUUCCGUGUAGAUAUCGCCCCCGGUGUUGAACAGAUAUAUUGGACUACGGUGUCAAAACACAGACAUGUUUUGAUAUUCUUGAAGUUCAUAAAUGAAUGCACGGUCAAACGCUUCAAAAUCAGCGAGCUGAGUUUCAAAAUGACCUCUCAUAUGAUCAAGUGCCUGGUUGCCUUACACGAGAGCGAAUGUCGGGAUCCAGAUGUCGACUGUAUGGGACAAAUCCUGCAUCUACUCUACUCAAGUUUUCACUCGAACAGCAUGGACGAACUUCGAGUAAAAAUGAAAUCCCCAGACGCGAUACAUAAAAACAAUUUUUGCUCUCGGUUAACUCUCGAUGGGACUGGGUAUCUGCCCGACAUGCAAGAUACUCGGCUGAACCUGUACCAGGAAGCCUUGUCUAAAAAGCAAUAUCUAGCCAUUGACUUCCGUAAGGUGUUCCUGGGAGUCUUCAUAUCUGUUCAAAAUCAAGGUCACAAGUGGACGUCCGCGGCUGAAAUGGUGAAAAAUAUACGAUCUAUUGCAGAAAAUGCAGUAAAAGGCUUAAACGUUUCGAUUGAAUGUACCCAGUCCCGUUGAGUCCAAUAUUCGAACUUGAGCGAAUACUGGAUAAGCACCCACAUUCGACAAGUCUUGUUACAUUAAAUGUGCGAUAAAAAAACCUAUGAAUCUAUUCAUCUAACUGUUGUUGAAUGUAUGUGUGUAUGUAAGAAGCAGCGCUCAACAUUAGCCACAGUAAAGGCGAUAAGCCAUUAUCCAGAACAGUUUGUAGGUAAGAAGGCAUCACUCAACAUUAGCCACAGUAAAGGCGAUAAGCCAUUAUCCAGAACUGUUUGUAGGUAAGAAGGCAUCACUCAACAUUAGCCACAGUAAAGGCGAUAAGCCAUUAUACAGAACUGUUUGUAGGUAAGAAGGCAGCACUCAACAUUAGCCACAGUAAAGGCGAUAAGCCAUUAUCCAGAACAGUUUGUAGGUAAGAAGGCAUCACUCAACAUUAGCCACAGUAAAGGCGAUAAGCCAUUAUCCAGAACUGUUUGUAGGUAAGAAGGCAUCACUCAACAUUAGCCACAGUAAAGGCGAUAAGCCAUUAUACAGAACUGUUUGUAGGUAAGAAGGCAGCACUCAACAUUAGCCACAGUAAAGGCGAUAAGCCAUUAUCCAGAACAGUUUGUAGGUAAGAAGGCAUCACUCAACAUUAGCCACAGUAAAGGCGAUAAGCCAUUAUCCAGAACUGUUUGUAGGUAAGAAGGCAUCACUCAA